ACAGUUGCACAUGAAAUUGCACAUGGUCUUGGUUUUGAUGGCACGACGUUUGCUCAUCUCAAGAUGAUUUCUGCCGUUGAAAACGAUGUGCGGGGCAAGCCCCACGUGUUUCUGGUAGUGUCUCCUAAGGCAAAAGAAGUAGCACAAAAGUACUACAACUGCAGCAAGGCCCCUGGCCUGGAGUUGGAGGACCAGGGUAACAGUGCUCUAUCGCACUUUGAAAUGCGCAACGUUCGGGGUGAGCUGAUGUCACCUAAAGCCCCUGGAGGAGGAUCCUACAGCGCACUGACACUAGCAGUUUUUGAUGACAUGCCAUUUUACAAGGCAAAUUUCAGCAGGGCAGAGCCAUUGAGGUGGGCCAACAACUCCGGCUGUGACUUUCUGGAGAAGAAGUGCAUAGAAAAUAAAACGUCGAAUUUCCCCGAUAUAUUCUGCACUGCAACUGUGAGGAUCAAAGGGUAUUUACAAUGCACCUAUGAUCGUAUGGCUCUUGGGCAGUGCUUAAGAAAAACAUAUCCUGAGGUGAUUGAGCCGCACUUCCAGUACCUGUGGAACGCCCACCUUGGCGGCACGGAAUUCUGGAUGGACUACUGUCCCUAUGUGGAGAAAGUCCGUUAUGGUGAUUGUACCGAUGGCAGACGGUCGACGAUCAUUGGAAGCUUUGUUGGCCCGGAUGCACGCUGCGUAAAGGGCAAUGAACUAAAGUAUAGGACAACACCCAUUGGCGAUGUGUGUGUGAAUACGAAGUGUGAGGAGGAGGGCAAGCUGAGCGUGCAGUUUCAAGGUGAUGAUGAGUGGUACCAGUGCGAGGAGGGGGCGCAUGUUAAAUCGAACAGUGCUAACUGGUCUGGAACUAUUACGUGUCCCAAGUACGCCGAUGUGUGCACCAGGUACCCCAACAUCACCAAUAAGGAGCCCUUGCCCGAGGUCACCGACAAGGACAACGAGCCUGCUCCCGCGAACAUAACGUGGCCCAUCAAACCCAAAGACCCGUCCCCUCUGCCCCAUCCAACACCAGAACCAACCAUGGAAACUGUUGGGGCACCACAUGUUGAGAGAGAACUAACUUCGUCUAAUCCUAAUGUACCCACUGACUCAUCGGGACACCAUACUUCUGAAAGAGACGGCCUGUUUGGUUCCACCACCCACAUCGACAACGAUACAAAGAACAACUUGGCUACCAAUGGUAAAGGUCCAGCAGCACAUGUGCCUAACAACAGUGACACGAUUACUUUGAACAUUGGUAUUGGCGAUGGCACUGUGACUCCUGCUGGGCAUGCACCCCUUCUGCUCCUCAUCUUUGCCAGCGUUGUCGCUGUGGUGGUGCCUUUGUGA